AUGAAAACGGUCCAAACUCUCCCUGACAGUGAGAAGUUCAACGGAACCGGAUUCAGUGGUUUCAAAACCAAGAUUAUCGUACUCGCGAAUGCCGCCGGACUCGGUGCAUACUUUGAAGGGAAUAUCCUGAAACCCUCUCCUCCUCCCGAUCAAAUUGGAGUGGCCCCGACCCACAUAUCUCUGCCUCCCGAUCCCACACCUGUCUAUUCGCAUUCCCCCAGCCUCGAUGAGUGGGUGUAUCGUGACUCCAUUGCAAAGGCCCUCAUUGUCCUGAACGUCAAAGACCCUAUUGGCCUGGGCAUUAAGACAGACGGCACAGCUGCGGAGGCAUGGAGCUCACUCACCAGCAACUAUGGGCAGAAUAACCCAAUGGCCCAGCUUCAUGCAAAACGCGACCUUCACACCACGUUCCUCAGGCCCGGCGUCCCAAUUCUGGAACACGUAUUGCGCAUGCGCAACCUCUGGAAACAAGCCAAUGACGUGGGAGCGUCAGUUACCAAUGACCAGUUCAAGUCGAUAUUUAUCGGGUCACUGAACGAGGAGUGGGACACGGUGAUCCCGCUCCUCUACGGGAUGAGCACCUCUGCCGAGAUUAUCAGUUUCGUCACCAUGCACUCCUGCGGUGCAAAUGGGAAACAAGGUCACACCAUCGCGGACUGCUUCUGGCCUGGCGGAGGGAAGGCGGGCCAAUGGCCGGCUUGGUGGAAAGGGAGACGUGAUGGGGCUGCCGCGAAUGCGGUUGACACUUAUGUCCUUGCCGCCUGGAGUAUCCCCGCUGCAACCAUUAAUGUUUAUGAUUGCGCCGGAACACAAACGGUUCACCUGGAUGGGGAGAACCUACUUGCAUCACCCGAAACACUGAUGAACUGGCGCGAGGCCACCAAGGCGACUAUAUCAGUGUCAGUACUGACGAGCGUGGAUCCACCAAACCCCACAUCCAUGGUGCAUCCGCAGCUUGAUCCGUCGAUUAGCGCAAGUGACAAAGAUCCUGUCUCGAAGAUCAACGGGGUAGCCAAAGACAGCAACAGCGAAGAUGCUACUCCCGUCGUCUAUGUGAACGCCGCCGUCACCGAGAAAGCAUACAUCGUGGUUGCUGACUCCGCUGCCAAGACCACUGCUUCCACCGCCACGAGGAUUUUGACCAUCGACGGACACAGCGCUGGUGUAUGGACUUUUGGCUUGAAGUCAAAGGAGGCGUCAGGGACGUUAGAGGCGUUCAAGCGUGUGAAGGCGGAAAUCGAGACUCAGAGCGGAAAUCGAGUCAAACAUGUGCGGACUGAUGGCGGAGUAAAAGUCCAGAUGGCCGGCUACAAUGGAACCGCGGGAUAUCAGAUGUGGGAUGCGGGGAAACAGCGAUUCUUCAAUGCUCGUGAUGUGAUUUUCGAGGAGGGCAGUGGACAUUGGUCGCAGGCGUCGACAGCAGGGGGAGAUGUGGAAGACCAGGCUGCCGAGCCUGAACUCAGGGCUGUCGAGCCUGUGCCGCACGUUCCUGUUAUCGUUGUUCCUUCCCAGACUGACCAAAGUACUCCUCCUGCAGAUGUCCUGAGCCGUGGCUUCUCGAGCUAA